CUGUCCCUCAGCUUGUACAAUGUUGGUGGACAGGACACGGUUGUUGCUGUUGAAUCCCAAGACUGGCCCAGGAACUGAUACUUCACUCCUCCCUGCUGUCUUGUGUGGGUAGGAUAGAGCUUCAGUCUCCAUCACCCACCAUCCAGGGAGCAAUUCUGACUGGCACACAGAGAUCUUCCUUUCAGAAAACCCUUCCAGGGGAGUCUUAGAGCCUGAGUUUGUCUCCAUCACCAACCACCCAGGGAAGAUUUUGGACUCCCACAGGGAAACCUUCUUGUCAGAGUUCCCAUGCAGUCAACUGCACCACAUGGAAGCAGUGAAUCUUACACAAAAUAUGGAAUUUCUUCUCUUGGGAUUAUCAGAGGAACCAGAAAUGCAGCCCCUCCUUUUUGAGCUGUUCCUCUGCAUGUACCUGAUCACUGUGUUGGGAAACCUGCUCAUCAUCCUGGCUGUCAGCUCAGACUCCCACCUGCACACACCUAUGUACUUCUUCCUCUCCAACCUGUCCUUGGUAGACAUCUGUUUCACCUCCACCACCAUCCCAAAGAUGCUGGUGAACAUCCAGACAGAGAACAAAGCCAUCACCUAUGCAGGCUGUAUCAGCCAGAUGUAUUUCUUCUUAUGCUUUGCAGGAUCGGACAACUUUCUCCUGACUGUAAUGGCCUAUGACCGCUUUGUGGCCAUAUGUGACCCCCUGCACUACAUGGUCAUCAUGACCCCCCAGCUCUGUAAUCUCCUGGUUCUGGUGCCCUGGGUCAUGAGUGCCCUGAAUUCCUUGCUACAGUGCUUGAUGGUAUUGAGGCUGUCCUUCUGCACAGACUUGGAAAUCCCCCACUUUUUUUGUGAUAUCAAACAUAUGGUGCAACUUGCCUGUACUGACACCUUUCUUAGUGACGUGGUGAUAUAUAUUUCAGCUGGGCUGCUAGGUGGUGGUUCCCUGGCUGGGAUCCUUUACUCUUACUCUAAGAUAGUGUCCUCCAUACAAGCAACCCCAUCAGCUCAGGGGAAGUAUAAAGCAUUUUCCACUUGUGUGUCUCACCUCUUGGUCGUCUCCUUAUUUUAUGGUACUGGCCUAGGAGUGUAUCUCAGCUCUGCUGGUACUGACAGCUCACAUUCAAGGGCAGUUGCCUCAGUGAUGUACACUGUGGUCACACCCAUGUUGAAUCCUUUCAUCUACAGUCUCAGGAACAGAGAUAUAAAGGGGGCUCUGAGAAGAUUAUUUGGGGUGGCAGCUAUAAAAGGACCAUUUGUCCUAGGGCUAAAGAAAUGCCUGUGUUUAUAGAGCUCAAAGCCUAGAGCCAGAUAUUGUGACUCUUUGAUCAGGCUGUGAAAGUAGAAAUUACUAUCUCUGUUUAUUUCCUCAAGUUUAUGUUUCUGUGAUUUCAACUUCUCUAUAAUAUUUAAGCGACUCACUGUUAACUUUUCAACUUUAUGAUAUAUAGCAGCUUUUUCUCUAUCCUUUUUCUCUCUCCCAAGUUGAUUCCCAGCCUUGGAUGAAAUAUUUGGAUGCUCCCAUUUAUCUUAUGGAGACUACGUGGAUUUCUUAGGAACAAUUUCCUUUGAAAUGAAAUAUAGCAUACUGAGUACUUUUUCUUUUGUUUCACUAAAAGAAACAUCUUGAGUUGUACUUCUCUUAUGGAAUUACACUGCACUUGGUAACCAAAGCCAUUUAUAUCAUUUCAUAGGAGAGGAAACUAGAAGAGCACAGUUUAACAUCUCUUGUACAUCAUUUCUUCAUAUCUCACUACCAUAACUACUCUUCCUGAAAAUGUAGACUUCAACAUAUAGUGUGGUUAGUAACAGGCCAUUGGGUUGUCUUCCCUCAUUAGGAUCCUGAUUCUUAUUGAGCUUGGCGUGCACAUUCUUAGCAUAGUCACAGGCACAACUGACCAUCAAAUCAUGCCUCCAAUUCUAAUUGAUGUGGAAACACAAAUUUCAUAACAUAGUUUGACAUAAUAUGUGCUUAGAGUCAAAGACGACCUUAAGUGUGAAGAAGCAAAAUUUUAAGUCAUACAUUUGUUACUAUGUAAACUAUUUUUAUGGUGUAUGUUCACUUAUUGAUGUAUAUAAGAUAUGUGUCUGUGUGUAAAGGAAUUUAUGCUUGGGGUGAAUUAUUGCUUAGUGUAAUUAUGUCUCCUACCAAAUUGUCUUCCUGCCUCCACUUGAAAACUUUCAUUGCUGCCUAAAGAUAUGAUUCCCUCUAUUGUUCUAAAUGAAGCAUUUCCCCCUACUGGAAAAUUGUGUAACCACUGAGUGGUAUGGAAAAAGCUAUAUCAAUAUCAUCCAUUAUAUAUUAUAUAUGUGAUCUAUAGGUAUGUCAUAUAUAUACAACAAUGACCAAAUGAUGAGUAAGUAGAGAGCUUGAAUUCCUGUCCAGUUCUGUGACUCAGAGUCAUAAGUGUUGCACAAACACACAUGUUCUUUCAAUCCCCUUGCUUACCUACAAGGGAAUCAAAAUGAAAUCACUUUUUAA